CGUGAUUAUGUUUGUCCCUUAUAAAAGAUGUGACAUCUAUUAACAUGAGAUGUGGGUACCCGUACACUCCUAACUUAAAAUACAUCCAUUUUUUCAAUCUUUUCCAAGUGCCCAUUUCUUCCUCCCUUAAAUUAAGCAAACAAAUCCUCAUUUUUCCUUCCUACUUCAUCUCUCCAAAUCUAACUCCUUUCACUCUCAAACACACACUUGAAAAAGAUGGCUAAAAACCAUCUUCUUCUUUCUUUCUCCUUUUUCUCAGUACUAAUUAUUGCUCAAAUUUCACAUAUUUUUGCCAAAAACACUUCUAAAUCCCCAAUUGUGAUCCAACCUUAUAUUAUCGAUUAUCGAAACGGCACCGUUACAAAGUACUACAACGGCCCGGCAUCUUUUGUUCCUCCUCCUAUUGAUUCUCAAGUUCAAUCCAAAGAUAUCGUCAUUCCUUCACCUUCGUAUCACAAUCUUCGGGCUCGGGUUUUUCUUCCGGCCCGACCUGACCCGUCCCGGAAGAUCCCUGUUCUUCUUUACUUCCAUGGGGGAGCCUUCUGCAUUGGCUCCGCCUUCGGUUGGGGUGAUAGUCAUUACGUGGCAAAGGUCGCGGCUGAGGCCCGGGUAAUUGCGAUUGCUGUCGAUUAUCGCUUGUACCCGGACUUCACGGUUCCCGCGCCUUUGGAAGACGCAUGGGCUGCCCUCGAGUGGGUCGCAGCCCAUGCGUCUCGUGCCGGGCCCGGGCAUGACCCGUGGGUGGCCCAGUACGGGCAUCUCGGAAGGAUCUUCGCGGGAGGGGAUAGCUCAGGUGCUACAAUAGCUCACAAUUUAGCGGUUCGGGUCGGAAUGGGCCACGGGCCGCACCUUUCGGGCCUGUUCUUGGCCAUGCCUUACUUCCUCGGGUCAAAGCGGGUUCCGCUCGAGCCCAAAUGGUUCCCAUUUUCGCCGAAUUAUAAAGUAUGGCCUUAUGUAUGCAAUCAUUGCAAAGGCGGGGUUAAUAACAAGUUCAUUAACCCGUUUGGGCGCGGGGCCCCGAGCAUUGCCCACCUCGGCUGUAAGAAAUUGUUGGUUUACACAGCCGAGGUGGACGAGCUUCGGGGCCGUGCAAUAUGGUAUUACAAACGGGUUAGGACUAGCCGAUGGCCGGGUCAAGCCCGAUGGAUUGAGGCCAAGGGACAAUCUCAUAUUUUCCAUAUAUCGAAACCAGAUGAUCCAGCAACAACUAAACUGAUUCGGGAUUUAUCAGCAUUUGUUAAUUCUAAUUGAGGUUUUUGUCUUGGUGAUCAAAUUAUGUACGGAAAAACUUUAUUAUAUAAACAGCCAUAUUGCAUUGAUAACAUCUUGUCGACAAAGUUCGUAUAGUAUUAAUGUAUUAUAGGUGCGAAACACUUCAAAGAGUUAUUGUUGGUUACCUGGUUGGUUUUAGAUAACCUCAAUGAAUUAAUGUGUAUUUACGUA